UCUAGACAUCUGUUUGGGAGGGAAUUUUUGGAUUGGAUUUGUGAUGAGAGGCGUGGACUUGGUUGUCAGCCUUAACGGCACAGUGCUGCGCCCAGACCACGUCAAAGGGAAGACCAGCAUCCGUUCUCACAACGCACGCUCUUAGCUUGAAUGGAAGAUUUGGUAUAGGUAUAUAAUACUGGCAGGUUCCUACGUUUCAGGAUAUCAUCGGCUGCAUCUCUUCGACAUCUUCGACAUUCACAGUAUUCCUCUAACAGUAACGCCCUCCUCUUCCAUAAUGCGUUCCAUAAUAGCACUAUCGACGCUAUCCCUUGCUGCUAUAUCAUUUGCCGCUCCAGCAGGAAAGCGCGAUGCCUACCCUAACGGCGAAUUCUUUCCACUCCCCAACGGCUUCCCCAAUCCUUCCACCGACCAGACGAAACAAAUCGAGCUGGAAGCGUUCGGCACUCUUCCUAAUAGUCCUCCGCCACCAAAGAUCAGCACAGAUGGCCUCACCAAUCUCAAAUUGAUCGCGCUGAACGAGCUCUUCGAAGUCGCCUACUUCACUGAACUAGUCUACAACGUAACCAACAAACUACAUGGAUACGAUCUUGGAUAUGGACACGAAUUUGUCCUCGAUAGCCUAAAAGCCAUCGUUGCCCAAGAAGAGCUUCACGCCAUUAAUACUAAUGGCGCUCUUCAGAACUUCAAGGCUGAGCCCAUCCAGCCUUGCAAAUACAGUUUCCCCGUCACGGAUUUCCAAUCCGCAAUCGCACUUGCAGCAACGUUCACCGAUGUUGUUCUCGGCACCCUACAAGACGUCAACCAGGUCUUCGCAAAGAACGGCGACGAUGGGCUAGUACGCGCCGUAAGCUCCGUUAUCGGCAAUGAAGGUGAACAAGAAGGCUUCUACCACGUUCUCCAAAGCAAGCGCCCCAGCACCCUGCCCUUCCUUACGACCAGUGUCCGUGAUUUUGCCUUCACCGCCAUUCAAAGCUUCACAAUCCCUGGAAGCUGCCCCAACAUCAACACCAUCCCACUGAAGACAUUCAAACCCCUCAACGUCCUCUCCACAAACAUCAAAGCAGAGACCCAAAACCUUCAAUUCUCGUUCGCUGCCUCUGACGCCGGGACGCAAGACUGGAAUUCCCUUUCACUCGUCUACAUCAACCAACAAAACACACCGGUUGUCAAAUCUCUCCAGAACCCGGUUGUUGCCAAUGGAGUUGUGACUUUCCAAGCGGCCUUCCCCUUCGAUGAGUUUGAGAUGAACGGGCUGACGAUCGCGGCGGUGACGAGGGGACCGGGGCCGUUUGCGAGCGCGGAUGAUGUUGCACAGGCUGCGAUUUUUGGGCCUGGGUUGAUAGAGAUUUAAAAGGGUGUGGGUUUGAUUUUUACGUAUAGCGUCGGCGUUUGGGAUAUCCUUCCCUGAGACCAGUCUUUUACUUAUAUUUCUUGA